AACUUGACGUGUUUAUAAAUUACACUUCCCAUAUACUCCACUCUCACAUGAAACAACAGCAACCUCUCUUCUCCGCAUAACAACAACAAUGGUGGCAAAUAAAAUGAGAUGGCCAUUACUUUUCUUGGUGCUUUAUUUGCUAGCCCUGGCUGACGGGCAGCUGGAGUUUUCACCGGAGUCGACGGAGCUCGACACCGGUGGGCUGAGCAGAGACAGCUUCCCUAAGGACUUCAUUUAUGGAACAGCAACUUCUGCUUAUCAAGUUGAAGGAGCUGCUCAUCAAGAUGGACGUGGUGAUAGCAUCUGGGAUGUCUUUCUUCGACAACCUGGACUUGAAGUAAAUAAUGCUUCUGGGGAAGUCACUGUAGACCAGUAUCAUAGAUACAAAGAAGAUAUUGACCUCAUGGCCAAACUGAACUUUGAUGCCUAUCGGUUUUCGAUAUCAUGGUCCAGGAUUUUUCCAAAUGGAACUGGGAAAGUUAACUGGAAGGGAGUUGCGUAUUACGACAGACUGAUAAAUUACAUGCUGCAGAAAGGCAUCACUCCUUAUGCUAAUCUUAAUCACUAUGACCUUCCUCAAGCCCUUCAAGAAAGAUACAAUGGAUGGUUAGGCCGCCAAGUAGUGAAAGAUUUUGCUGAUUACGCGGACUUUUGUUUCAAAAUGUAUGGAGACAGAGUUAAGAACUGGUUUACAUUUAAUGAACCUAGAGUUGUUGCUGCUCUCGGGUAUGACAAUGGUUACUUUGCACCGUCGAGAUGCUCUCAACCAUAUGGAAACUGCACUGCGGGAGAUUCUGGGACCGAGCCUUAUGUUGCAGCUCAUAAUUUGAUUUUGUGUCAUGCUUCUGCAGUUCAAAGAUAUCGUGAGAAGUAUCAAAAAUCACAGAAAGGAAGGAUUGGAAUUCUUUUAGAUUUUGUAUGGUAUGAACCUCUGACUCGAGGAAAAUCUGAUGAAUAUGCAGCUCAAAGAGCAAGAGACUUUCAUUUAGGGUGGUUUCUUCAUCCAAUUGUAUACGGAGAGUAUCCGAAAACCAUGCAAAAUAUAGUUAAAGAUAGGCUGCCAAAGUUUACAAAAGAAGAGGUGAACAUAGUAAAAGGGUCUGCAGAUGUGAUAGGAAUAAACCAGUACACUGCUUUUUACAUGCAACAUGUCACAGUCAAUAAAUCAAUGCCUCCUGGUUAUCAAAAUGACUGGCAAGUUGGAUUUGUUUAUGAGAAAAAUGGUGUUCCUAUUGGUCCAAAGGCAUAUUCUUAUUGGCUCUACGAAGUACCAUGGGGUCUGUAUAAAGCAAUAAUGUAUGUUAAAGAACGAUACGGGAAUCCUACUAUGAUUUUGGCUGAAAAUGGCAUGGAUCAACCCGGAAACGUGACCAUUCCUGAUGGUUUAAAAGACACACAAAGGGUAAACUAUUACAGAUCUUACAUACAGCAGCUGAAGAAGACAGUCGAUGAGGGGGCGAACGUAAUAGGCUAUUUUGCGUGGUCAUUGCUUGAUAACUUUGAAUGGAGAUUAGGCUACACAUCAAGAUUUGGCAUAACUUUUGUCGAUUUUAAGACCCUUAAGAGGACUCCAAAAAUGUCAGCUUAUUGGUUCCAGAAAAUGCUUAGUAGAAAGCAUUAAAUUUCAGGAGUCUCGAAUCUCAUGAUAUGGCUGGUUAUGACUUAGUAGCAAGAGUUUAGGUACCAGAGUACCACAGUAACAAUAAAGCUUCAGAUAUCGACUUAAAUUGCAAUGAAUUCUCAUACUCUGUUUUUUUAUA